UCCACCUCUCUCGCCGCCAUUGUUGUCGCCGACACCCAUCUCCCUUCGUCACGUUGUGGCAAACGAGAUAACAAAUUUAGCAUUAUUUUUCAUAUAGUAUUGUAUCAUAGGAUUGGAAAAAAUUUGAUUCCGAAGGUAGUGCUUAUUCGAUAAACUCUUGAUUUACUGUAUAAAUUCAAGUUCAAUUGGUGAAAGACACUAUUUACUCCAUGAAGUUCGGAGGUUCGAUUCCAUCCCAACCAUUGUAAUUUUGUAUUUUUUUUAUUUAUUCGAAAAAUUUACUGGUUCAAUCAAGGACCUGGGCAGCAUUUGGACUGGAGGCAUAAGCAUCUUCGUUGGGUGGCGGGAGGCAGUUCGAAACUGAGCACCAGCCCUGUUGUCUAGCCGGCGGCGGUCGGAGGUUGCUCUGGGGUUUAAGAAGUUCAACAAUCAGUAUCGACCAAGGUUCGUAGUCUGAAGAUUUGGGUGCCGAAUUUUGCCCUUCCUUUGGUUAGAAUGGACUAAUUGGAAAUGAUUUUGUAAAGGUGGGGUCUGUGGGUUCUGAAUGUUCGCGUGGCACUGUUAUUAUUUUGGGUAUCUGCAUCAAAUAUGGAGAGGAAUGCUGCAGCUUGUGCCAUGGAAUGGAGUAUUGAGCUAGAGAAGGCUCUUCGUUCCAAGAAAUCAGGUCGAGCUGCUGAAGCCAUACUUCAGAUUGGGUCUCGACUUCAGCAAUGGAGUAGAGAGCCAGAACCAAAUGUAGCAGUGUAUAAUAUGUUUGACCUUGUUACUUGGGAAGAUAGGCUAUUUUCCAACACAAUUCUCUUACGGCUUGCUGAGGCAUUUAAGUUUGAUGACAAGCACAUUAGACAUGCAGUCGUUAGGGUAUUCUUAUCAGAGCUCUACAGCCGUGACAAGACGAGAAGUAAACAAUAUCAAGGAAUUCUUUCAAAGGCCAGGGUGCAAAACCACCAUGAAUUACUGACUAGAGUGAAGGUUGUUCUUGAUGGAGGGGAUCCCGAGUCUAGGGCACUAGCUUUGGUUCUAUUUGGAUGUUGGGCGCAUUUUGCAAAAGACAGUACCCAGAUACGUUAUUUGAUACUUUCUAGUCUGUUAUCUCCCCAUAUCUCAGAGGUAAAAGCAUCUAUAUUUGCUGCAGCAUGCAUUGGUGAGUUAGCAGAUGACUUUGCACAAGUCUUCUUAACGAUGUUGGUUAAUAUAAUGACUCCGUCUGCAAAUUUGGCCAUUAGAAUGGCUGGAGCUCGAGUGUUACCAAAGUUGGGAUGCUCACAUUCAAUGGCAAAAAUGGCCUACAAGGCUGGACUUGAGCUCACCUCAGACUCUUGUGAAGAGGAUUUUUUGGUUGCAAUGUUAUUUUCACUAUCCAAACUGGCUUCCAUGUCAAUAUUUAUUAGUUCUGAGCAGGUGCAAUUGCUUUGCUCAUUUCUUAGCAACAAAAAGUCUGUGCGUGUGCAAGAAACAUCCUUAAGAUGUUUGCAUUUUAUUUUCAUGAAAGGAGCAUGUCAGUUUACUAAUAUGGCAUGUACGAUCAGGGUUUUAGUCAAUGCACUAGAUGAAGACAUGCUUCCAACUACUUUGCAUUGCGAUGUUUUACGACUGUUGCAAAAGAUUCUUUUCGAUGUGCUGCCAAAUCCUUCUUUUUUGGAUGCAAACGAAUACUCUAAACUGGUAACAGCUGUGGAGAGUGCAGCCCGAUCUCCAAUGAAGUUAAAGAGCCUCCUUGCUGUCCAUACCUUGGUGAAUUUAUCAUUAAAACUUUCUGGACAAAUGGAAGUAGAAUCAGGAGGUCGUUCGUUCUCUUUGUUGCCAUCAAAGGUUAUUUCACUAAUCAUGGAUCAAAUUGCAUCAUUAGGAAAGAUGUUAGUAGAUCUUUCUCAGUCAAAGUCUGAAGUGUUUCAAGAAAUUAAAGGGCUGCUAAACCUUCUCCUGCUCAUUGUAAGAGAACAUUCAGACCUGUGGAUUUUGCUUUUGGAUAGAAUAUGUUUGACUGUUAAAUUAUUUAUGGAUAUAUAUGAAGAUUUCAGUGAUAGCCAACAAACAGAUAUGAACUUUGAAGGAGACAAAAAGAAUGAUAUCAGCUUGAGAUUUGCAUUCAUUCUAUAUGGACUUGUGGCAAUCUGCAUUGGUUACAUUGGUCAAGUUGUCUCCAUCACCCCUGAAAUAUUUGACAAGGUGAAACUAAUGGUCAACAGUGUGUGCAAAAGCUAUUUGUUCAGUCGCCAUACUUGCAUGACCUACUCCUUGCUAUUGAACUGUAAAUUCAUUUUGAGUUGCAGGAUAACUGAGGAUUUUAGUACUUGGAAUAUUGACAGGUUUCCAUGUUUUACUUUUUGUGAAGAUUUAACUGAAAACGAGAUUCUUACGCUCGAGUGUGCAAACAAGUUGCUAAAGGAUGGGGAUGAAUGGCCUACUUACAAAGCUGGGAGACACGCAGCAUGUCAUGGAUCGUGGUUUGCUGCCACCUUGAUUUUCGGCCAUUUAGUGUUGAAGGUUCAGUCUGAUAUCUUCCAUUGCUGGUUGAAAUCUUUGUUUCAGUUUGCUCUUGCGGAGAGAAAAAUCCACUUACUGCUGUUACCACAAUAUGGUUCUGGUUUGGCUAACUGGUUAGAGAAGGAAAUGAUUUUAGAUAUGUUUUCCACUGAAGAACCAAUAAACCAACAUCAAGCUGGGAGUAUCACUGAGGCCAUUUACUACGACAAGCUUUUGGAGGCCCACCAGUGUCUUUGCUCUUCAGGUGAGACCUUAAAGGCGGCUGCUGUUUCACCGGUUCGAGCAUUUUGUUUCCAGAGAUGGUUUUUGUCAUUAAGAGCUAGGGUUUUAGGAAAUGUGAGGAGCAUACUUAAGCUGUUGGAAAACAUAUCAUAUUGCAACAGUAGUGACUAUGUUAAGCUUGGGACAGUUGAUACUGUUGCCAUCCACGAAACUAUGAAAGAAUUUAGCAAAUUAUCUUUAUUGAUAGAGAGGUUGUCCCACGAAUUGGAUCUGAUUGUAACAUCUUUUAUUGGAAUAGACACCAAGAGUUCAAACGUUAUUUCAGCCCUUGCAUUGAAUUGCUCUCUGUUGGCCUUCUGUACUGGUUUUGCCUUUCAUGUUCCAAACUUGGCUACAACUCUAAUGACUGAAAAUGUGGAAGAUUUCAGAACUAAUUUACAUGCUGAACUCAUUCAAAAUCUGGUUGGUAAGUUGUGGUUGGUGGACAGUGAAACAAGUAAGAUCCUUCUACAGCUUUUCGAGAUCACUGGUGGACCAAAUAACUGCUUGCGUUUGCCCUCAAGAAGCCAAAUGUUAGAUGUGGGAUAUGAAAUAAGAGACAUUUUUGCUCUCUGUAGUUAUGCUGUUUCCGAGGUCGUCGGUUUGCAGAGCAAAUCGAAUGGAACGAAUGAGGGGACACUUCUCCAGGUUAUCAAGAAUGGCAUGCAGUUUUUAUCGAACAUUCUUACGCGGUGGAUGAGCAUUCCAUUCCGAGUGCCCAAGUACUUCUUUUGUGUAAGGCCUUGCGUUGGGUCCGACCUCUUUGCCUCUACGGAUGCUCGUAAACCGGAUGGAAUAUCUAUCCCAUUCGGCUUCCACCUAUCAUUAAAUCUUUGUCUUCAACUGAGAAACAUCCCGCCGAAUACAUCAGUUCAAAUAACCAAGAUGUACUGCAUUUUGUAUUGUGGAUUAUCCUUUCAGGAACCGAGGCACACCGGCGAGAACAACGAACCAAAACAGCAAGCUUGUGAAGCUUGGGAGAACGACGACAUGGUAGCAAUGCAGAACAAACUGUUCCAUUAUGUGACCGAGUUGAGCAAAAACGAGGCCGAUGUUGGCAAGCGUGGAACCUCGAGUUCUCGCACAACCGAGAGGGUAGUAGAAGUGUUUGUGCAGUUUGAACCAGAUGAGAAAGGGCAAGGAUUCUCAAAUUGCUUGCUUGAUGUGUCUAGUUUUCCUGUUGGUUGUUAUAGAAUCAAAUGGUAUAGCUGCUGUGUUGAUAGUGAGGGGUCUUUGUGGAGCCUCCUCCCUUUGAAUUUUGGACCAUUAUUUACUAUCCAUCAACUUCCAUUGGUUGGGUGAUUUUGCAUUGGGCUUCCCUCUUGAUUUUAAUUUAAUGAUUUAUAUAUUUGAUGUAGUUAG